AUGGAACAUAAGACCCUCUCCAGCAACUGGAAGAAGCUCCAGGCUACUCUGCAGAAAGAGCAGCCUACAUCUACCAGAUCCAAUGCUCUGAAGCGCAAAAGCACAAACGAACAGUCAGCGCCGCAGCAAAACGGCCACAAGAGACCGCGGCCCACGAAGCAAGAACAUCUUCCUCACAAACGGCGCAAGAUGGGGUCAACAGCCUCCCAGCCCGCUCCCACUCCUCCUUCCGCAACCCUCGCCCUCUUCGCCGAAGACUAUGACAUCCCCGCCGCCGACCUCGCAGCCGCCUACAACCUCCCGCUAAACAGCACCACACUCCCCACGCAAUCCCCAGCCGACGUCCCAAACGCUGGCCGCUCCGCCACAGCCACCUUAGGCAAGUACAUAGCCCUCGACUGCGAGAUGGUCGGUACGGGCCCGCCGCCCGCCCUCGACUCCCAACUUGCGCGCGUCUCCCUCGUCAACUACCACGGCCACCAGCUCUACGACUCAUACGUACUGCCCAUUGUACCGAUCACGGACUACCGUACCGCCGUCUCUGGCAUCACGCCUGCGCUGCUGCGCAAAGGCCACGCGCGGUCCUUUUCCGAAGUCCAGCGGGACGUCGCCGAGCUAAUCUCAGGCCGCAUCCUCGUCGGUCACGCGCUCAAGAACGACCUCGGCGUGCUGAUGCUCAGCCACCCGCGCCGCGACAUCAGGGACACGGCGCGACAUCCGAAGUUCAGGGCGCUGAGCAUGGGAAAGGCGCCGAGUUUGAAACGGCUGGCGAGCGAGGUGCUGGGGGUAGAGAUACAGGGGGGGCAGCACUCGAGUAUUGAGGAUGCGAGAGUGACGAUGGCGUUGUUUCGGGGAGCGAAGGAGGCGUUUGAGGCGGAGCACUUGAAGCGGUGGGGGAGGCCUAAGGACGUGGGGAUCGAGGUGGUGGACAAUGGAGUUGAGGUAAACGGAACUGCGGCUGAGGGGAGGAACAACAAGAAAAGGAAGAAGAAAGGGAAGAGGUGA